CGUUUUUGCACUGAUAUGAGGUUCGUUAACAGCUUGAUCCGGAAUGAUAACUUUCCAUUGCCGUUGGUGAUGGAGCUGAUAGAACGAGUGGAACCUGGGGCACGGUUGUGGAUCAGCUCACUCGACCUAGCGAAAAGUUUUUGGCAACUUGAGUUGGACGCCGCGUCGAGGAAGUACACCUGUUUCAUCACGAAGUUUGGGAAAUAUCAGUAUCGGAGGAUUCCUUUCGGCUUGGUAGAUUCGGCAAAUCAAUUUCAGAAAUUUCUCGAGAGUGUUCUUCAAGGUCUCGAGAAUUGCCUGAGCUAUAUCGACGAUGUUUGCUUGAUCAGUUAUGGGAGCUUGGAGAGACAUGAGCGUUUGCUUCGACAGGCUCUGGAUCGCUUUCGCAAAGAGCAGUUGUUUGUCAAGAAGUCGAAAUGUAAGCUG